AUGUCCGAGCAAGAACGAAAGGAUCCGAGAGAACGCAGCGUCUCUGGCGACUACGAGUCUGAAUUUGACGGCUCACAACGAGACGAUGGCAGCAAUACUCAAGGUACACCGGGGGCCAAUCCACCAGGCAAACCUGGACGGAAGAAGAAUCCAAAUUCUCAGGCAGCACGGAGAGACCAGAACCGCAUCGCCCAGCGUGAAUUCCGACUGAGGAAACAGCAACGAAUACGCGACCUCGAAGCAAGGGUCGAAAUACUCUCUGGUGGAAAGGAAGAGGCCAUUGGAGAAAUGCGUAAUAUUCUAAAAGACUUAAUGGCUGAAAACCAUAACCUUCGCCAGAUGCUGCGGAGCCUUGCCACGUUUAUCGGCGAGGGCAUGGGUGGCGUCCUGCCCAAGUUGGGCUGGGACGAAAACGAUUGGAAUAAUAUGCUCAACAAGGGCGAGACGGAUACGGCUUGGGAAGGGUACCAGCGUCGCAAAAAGCAGGCAGAACAAAAUAAGGCUUCUGCUGCAUCGUCUCCAAUGAGCACAAUGGCGAGCCAGAAGCGUCCUUCUGAAGAUGCUUCCCUUGGUACUCGGCCGAAGAAAGCGCGCAGCGAGAACGAAACACCUAACGGAUUCAAUCUUAUGGGUUCUAUGGGUUCUGGCAACAUGUUUCCCUCGGAUUCGGAUCGCAAUGGAAUGUUCCCUGAGUUGAUGCGAGGGGGACCUAGUCAACCUAUGUUCCCUCCGCCUCCUGGUCCAUCGUCCUCUUCAUUGCCGUAUGGUGGCAUGUCGAAUAACCUUGACUAUCCCGGCGCUUAUCUUGGUUUACCCAUGAAUCACCAGCCCAUGCCGCCCUACGAACCGACGAAUGUAGCUUCCUCUCAGGCAAGGAUACCGCCGCCAGAGGAAGAAGAUAUUGACGACGAACCGAACAAACUGGAGGCCCACAAACUCAUUCAGUAUCAUUUGGAAAACUAUAAACGGAACCCUGGUUACUGCCUACCCUCAUCUCUUAGGCCUACAAAUGUUCAAAGGACAAUACCUCAUCCAAGUGUGAUUGACGGUGUUAUUCACCCAGAGCUUCGCGACCGUAUGAUCCUCCUCCGAGAAAAAUACGACUUGGUCGAUUGCUUGCUUGACUUUAGGCGGAACACGACAAUCCACGGUGAUGACGUUCUGGCACAUAGUAACUGGGAAGUCGCAGAGCCCUUCUUCAGGAAAUACCCGUUCCUCGCGGAAGCUGCUACGAUCGUUAUUUCGAAUCGCUGGCGGAAGGAGCGAGGGGAACCGGAGCUCCGCAUCACUGACUUUGCUGAACCUGCAGCCUAA